CUCGCAACCACCACCACAUUGCUUUGGCCUCUCCCCUCAGCAGUUACAUCGACCACCAUUGUUAUGGUCUCGAGCCCGUCGCCUCAACCAUCAUCAGUGCCUGACAGCACUCCAAAGCCUCAGUUACUACCUCCGACCAUAGGCGCCCUCAUAGGAGGAACUGUGGGAGCGGUCGUACUUCUGGCCCUCCUAACUUUUAUCGUGCUGCGCCGUCGCAGGGCACAACAACUUUCUGUAACACCUUUCAAUUUCCUUUCAACCGCAAGGCCAACGCAAGUUGAGUCACAGGUGGGGCUCAAGUUCCAGAGUGCCAGCGGUGCUGUCCGUCCAAGCAGCGGAAGCUCAUCAUUCAUCCAAUAUUCCGAUUCUUGCCUCGCAGAGUAUUCUGGGAAUAGAUCACCAUCAAGUGCUACAGAUCACAUAUCAUCUCACUUGAUCGGUGACGAGAUCUCUCCGUCCAACGUUCCCAGGCGCUAUCGGUCCCGUGAGAUAGAGAAGCUGUAUCCAUAUCCGUCUCACGUUCCCACUCCAGAUCAGUAUCCAAAUCACAGUUUAGAAAGCUGGACCGAGCACAUGGUUAAGGAUGGUUGUUCGCAAGAACCGAGUGAAGAACUGCCGGCUUAUCCUCGUUCGGUGGAACAUUUGGGGAGUAAAGAAGCAGACCAUGACGAUCAUUAUGUCCUUACCAGCUCUUGAACUUCCAUCCGAUAGACAAUACGUUGAUAACCAGGACCACGAAUGAUGUAGAGUACCAUGUAUCUUCGUUGAGGUUUGACCAGUGGGCUGCGUCGUUCUGAUAAUGGCCGCUGCAUGAGAAGGCUGCGCUUACUUGAUUUAACUUGGAGUGCAGGGAGGUCGGAGAGCCAAGUCACCGACACCUUAAUUCUGAAGGGUGUCCACAAAAUGGCAGGUCUCGACUCUCCUGAAACAGGACUGUUAUUGAAGUAGACCUGC